CCCAGAUCAAAGAUGGCAGCCCGGGGACGCCGACCAGCAACGACACACAUUUAACACGCUCCCAACUCCCCACGCUGGCGGGGAACGCUGUCACGUCCGUGGAUCUGUCGUGACGGCGAUGUUAUUCGUUAGUGCCCACGUGUCGCAUGGAAGAGACUGUUAAAGGCUCACAAGUAUCAUGUUUUCCAGCCGGCUAAGCUAGCAAGCCACGUCUAGCAAAUAGCUGAACUUCUGUGUUUAGACUCUGAAAAAGAAACCUUUUUGCCUGCAUGCGGUGUAUCUGCACCUUGCUCGCUCAGUUUCAUCAUGGCCAUCGCUCAGUUCCGUCUGUUCAAGAUCUGCACAUGUUUAGCCAGCAUCCUGUCCUUCUUUAGGAGGCUCAUCUGCAGGACUGGAAGGGGCCGCAAACUCAGUGGUGAUCAAAUAACCCUGCCAACGACAGUUGACUUCUCAUCGUCUUUACCAAAACAGAAUGCACAGCCAGAAAUUGAAGAGUGGAGCUCUUGGGAUGAAGACGCUCCAACAAGUAUUAAGAUCGAAGGCGGCAACGGAAACGUUCCCCCUGCUUCCAACGAUGUGGAGGAAGAGCUCGACUACUUCAAAGACAUGGCUCCCACCAUCAGGAAAACACAGAAGAUCGUGCUGAAGAAGAGGGAGCCUUUGAACUACCUGGUGCCUGACGGCUCAGCGGGGUUCUCCAGCAGGCUGGCAGCCUCUCAGGACAUGAUGGCCUUCAGUCCACCUUCAGCUGAACUGGGAGAAAUGGAAACCUGGCAGGAAAACACGAACGCCUGGGAGGAUGAGUCAGAUGCAGCCUGGGAGGCAGAGGAGGUCCUCAGGCAAACGAAGAUGGCUGAGAGAGAAAAGCGGUACUUAGAGCAGCAGAGGAAAAAGAUAGAGAAAGAUGCUCAGAGGAUGCUGAAGAAGGAGCAGAAGAUUGCUGUCAAGCUCUCUUAACGUUUUCAAAACACUCACUUUUGAACUAAAGGGAUUUGAAUGGUGGUGGGGGACACUAGAUCUGUCAUUAUUCUAUCAUUAAUGUUAUACAAGCAAGGAUCAUUAUCAAACUACUUCUCUGUUAUCAGACAGUCCUCCGCCUCCCACUCCUGUCUCCACCAGCAGCCAUUUUGGUCUGUUUUCCCACUUCACCUCAGUAAAGUGCACCAGUCUCAAGAGCAGAUAACGUAUCUGGUGUAUUCGCUCUUCAUGUGACAAACUAUUCAAAUUUAGAUCUGCGUCAUCUUAUAGCAAAGGUCAGGGACGGCUUCAGGAGGCAUCAUUAAGACUCUGAAUCUGGUAGGUAGCGUCAGAAAAUGUUCUUUAUAUGUCCUUGGGAACAUUUGUAAAUAAACGGGUACCUGUGCUGCGUUUUAAAACUCAAAUAUGGAAAACAUUUCCUCUUUUCUUUGUCCUUUAAUGGCCUCAAAUGACAAAGGAGUGUGUAAUUUAUUUUAAGCAUCACUGUGUACCAGUGGCAUCCUCUGAUUUUUCUGAUUAUUGUGUUUUUAUAUUUAUGUCUUUCAUAGUCGGAAAAUGUCUUUCUUUUCUAAUGAAUGUUGCUUAAUAUUUCACAUGGUCUCCCUCAUUACACUGGAACUCUGCUUUAAAAUGAAGACUGGAAGUUAGCAAAUGGAGUUUGGAUAAAUGAUCAGAGGAGGCAUGUUGGUGGGUUUUUCUGCGUUGAUCUCACGGCUACUGGUUUAACAUUCUUUCUCCACCGCUUUCCUCUUUUGAUGUUGAAGGAAUCGAUCCACAUUGGUGCUUUUAUUGCUUUAUAAUGGAAGGAAAUCUCCCUUUUUUAUGAUUGAAAAGUGUGCAGACACAUUAGAAUGACGAGUUAUCUACUGUAGCCCAAUAAGACGGUAAAAAUAAAUCUUUGCUUCCUGAACAUGUAAAACUUACGAUAUCACCAGUUUUGUCUUAGGAUCUCAUUAAGAAACAUUGAAAUGUUUUCUAAAUUUAUGAAACAUUACUAACGUUUCCACGUAAAGAAACUGAAGUAAUUUCGGAAGAUGUAUUUCUUUCUUCCAUUACUUAUAAAACUAUAGAUGAUUCAAAACAAGCUGGAGACAAAUAUUCACUGUCAAUUCUAAAAAUCACUAAAGCUUUUGAAGUAAUUAGAUGUUCCUGGCUUAUUGUAUAUCAGAUGAUUUGCUGAAUACUAAGGUACUGAUUCAUUUAAAUGAUUAGUGCAUGGUCAGUUUUAGAAGUUUAAUAUAGAAGUGUUCUUUUUCAGGCUAUUUGGCAAAAUCUGGAAUUGUAAAUUCUUUGGGUGUUUUAUUUCCCACCUUUUUAAUGAGAUAAAAGCUGCAUGUUGCUUUCUUUUUUGUCAUUUUGCACAUACUUUUUUCCAAGAAAGGAAUUGUUACCAUUCUUUUUUCCACACUUUUUUCGCUGUCUGUCUUCAUGUUUAAAAUGGAAGUGGAUGAGAGAUAAACAAGAACUGUUGUGGAGAAAUGAGUCCCAAGGGCUGGACUUGUCAAGCUCUGUCUGAACAGAUUUUUAAUAAAAUCAUGGAUUCAUACCUUCAGAAUUGAGUAAAUCUUUUAUUUUGUAAAACACUACCCUAAAU